AAGGGGACGGCUGUGCCAGCCGAGCGGGCAGGCUCCUGGCAGCAUGGCAGCGAAGCUCGGGGCCCUCCUGCUGGUCCUCGCGCUCAGCCUGGUGCGGCCAGCCUCGGCUGGCCGGAAGCUCCUGGUGUUUCUGCUGGAUGGUUUUCGCUCGGACUACAUCAGUGAUGAGGCCCUGGAGUCUUUGCCCGGUUUCAAAGAGAUUGUGAGCAGGGGAGUGAAAGUGGAUUACUUGACCCCAGACUUUCCCAGUCUCUCUUACCCCAAUUACUACACCCUAAUGACUGGCCGCCAUUGUGAGGUCCAUCAGAUGAUUGGAAACUACAUGUGGGACCCCAACACCAACAAGUCAUUUGACAUUGGUGUCAACACAGACAGCCUGAUGCCUCUCUGGUGGAAUGGAUCAGAACCUCUGUGGGUCACUCUGACCAAGGCCAAAAGGAAGGUCUACAUGUACUACUGGCCAGGCUGUGAGGUUGAGAUUCUUGGUGUCAGACCUACUUACUGCCUAGAAUAUAAAAAUGUCCCAACGGAUAUCAAUUUUGCCAAUGCAGUGAGCGAUGCUCUUGACUCCUUCAAGAGUGGCCGGGCCGACCUGGCAGCCAUCUAUUAUGAGCGCAUCGAUGUGGAAGGCCACCACUACGGCCCCUCCUCACCGCAGAGGAAAGACGCCCUGAAGGCCGUAGACAGCAUCCUGAGGCACAUGACCAAGUGGAUCCAGGAGCUGGAGCUGCAGGACAACCUGGACGUUAUCAUCUUCUCGGACCAUGGGAUGACUGACAUUUUCUGGAUGGACAGAGUGAUCGAGCUGGACAAGUACGUGAGCCUGAGCGACCUGCAGCGAGUGAAGGACCGAGGGCCCGUCGUGAGCCUCUGGCCAGCCCCCGGGAAGCACUCCGAGGUAUAUAACAAGCUGAGAGCAGUGGAACACAUGACCGUCUACGAGAAAGAAGCCAUACCCAGCAGGUUCUAUUACAAGAAAGGGAAAUUCGUCUCUCCUUUGACCUUAGUGGCUGAUGAAGGGUGGUUCAUAACUGAGAAUCGAGAGUCACUUCCAUUUUGGAUGAACAGCACUGGCAGGAGAGAAGGCUGGCAGCAUGGGUGGCAUGGCUAUGACAAUGAACUCAUGGACAUGAGGGGCAUCUUCCUGGCCUUUGGACCCGAUUUCAAAUCCAACUUCAGAGCCGCUCCAAUCAGGUCCGUGGAUGUCUACAACAUCAUGUGCAACGUGGCAGGCAUUGCUCCCCUGCCCAACAAUGGGUCCUGGUCCAGGGUGAUGUGCAUGCUGAAGGGAGAGGCUGACUCAGCUCCGUCUGUCCGGCCGAGCAGCUGUGUUCUGGUCUUGAUUCUACUCCGACUGUUUGCAUAGACGCUGCUAUCGUUGUCCCCAAACACUCGGCCAAGUGUGCUCCACGGUGCAAUGGUUUUCAUUUUCUAUUUGAAUAACAGCUUCAUUAACACAAUCGAGGCCACAAAAAUUGUAAAUAUACUGCUCUUGGAUGAUUCCAUACAUAAAAGUCCCUACUUCUUAAAAAAAAAUUUUUUUUCUUUAAUGUUAAUUUUUGAGAGAGAGAUAGAGCGUGAGCAGGGGAGGGGCAGAGAGAGGGAGACACAGAAUCCAAAGCAGGUUGUGGCUGUCAGCACAGAGCCCGACACGGGGCUGGAACCCACAAACCGCGGGAUACGACCUGAGCCGAAACAAAGAAUUGGACGCUUAACUGAGCCACCUAGGUGCCCCAAAAGUCCCUACUUACUUAAAAAAACCACCCAAAACCCCAAACUUUAUUUCUUCUGGAGAUAAGGAAAACCCCAGCUUUUCACUGGCUCAACGGUCUGUCCCUUUCUGCAUUGUUCUCAUGCAGCUACUCGGAUGAAGUGAGCAGGAGCCUGCCCCCGCGGCAGACAGUGGAUAUUGCAUGGAGUCUUGGACCUUCCUGUGUCCUGCCUUGCACAAAGCAGGGCCUUGUCUGUGUCGUGUCCACACCCAGGAGCCAUCCUUGGGGUCUAUGGCCACAACGCUGUACUGCUUCUUCCAUCCCAGAAAAAGGAAAUCCCCAUAAAAUCAAUAGCUGUCUUCUGUUUGUGACUCUUUUUCAUUCUAUGCCAAGUCCCGGGGAGGGCAUAUCUUAGCUUGGAUCGCCAAUCAAAAUUACUAAGGAUUGAAGAACUCAUAGAACAAGGUGGAAGAUGUGGGUGCCCUCCCAAGGUCUUGAGUGCACAAAAACGUCUCCCUCGCCUUGAGGAGGAAAGCCUGCUGUAGCCCUGGGCUUCUGUGAGAUUUCUCCCAGUCGGUCACAACAUGGAGCCUUGCACAUGGCAGGCCCUGCGUAUGUGGGUGGCCUGAUGGAUCACCUGCCAGGCUCUGGAUCCCCAGAGCGUUGGCUGCGGCAGUACCUGACACAUCAUCACAGUCUGAUACAGUCAUUACGCAUCUUGCUGAGGACAUGUGGACAUGUUUGCAGAAAUCUCGGUUCACUACUUGGAAUGGUAGCACAUUAAGCAUAAGUUCUAUGCACAGUAGUUCUGGAGCAAGUCUGGUUGAGCACCAGCAAAGUGGACCCCGAGUGACCCAGAAUCCUGAGGAAAAUCCCAAGCUGGGGUAGGGACCCAAGCUGGGACCAAAUCCCAGUCACUAACCAAUUAGCCAUUUAAUCAGGAAACAGUUUGGUCAAAGUGCCACCUCAGGGGCCUACGUUCUUCGGAAACUCCUAAGAAGAGCCACUGGGCCUGAGUUGAAAUGUUCUUAGUCUUCUAGAUUUGCUGUAGGAAAUCUUGUGAGACAAAGGAUCAAUGCGCUUUCAAAUGACUGGAGUCACGUGCACAUAUGAUUGCAUUAACAGUGAAUUGGGACACAUCUACAAAAGAGACUUCUGUCCGGGAGAGACCGCACAUCGAGUCUCAGGAUGAUGAAGCCCUUAUAUAUAUAUAGUGUUUGCCUUGAGAAGUGAGUGUCAACACUCACUGUGAUUCAAGAAGGCUGGCAGCAUCUCUGUGCCUGGAACCACCAGAGCAAAAGAUCACUACUUACCAUCACAAAAGAUGUCUGAGGAUUGACGUAAUGUGUUUUAAAAGUGCCAGCAAGCCAUCGAAUCAAUUAGAAAGAAGGCAAAUCGGCCUUUGUUAUAUGGCUGAAAGUAAAUUGGUGCUUUCAGAACAUUGGCAGUGGCUGUUGAAACAGGCAUCCGUUGUUCAAAAGUUUCCUUUCUCCUGAAAGGAUGGCGAUCUAAUGAACUGAGUGACGCCCACCUUCCUGAAGGAGGGAUCCCUAAAAGAUAGAUAUGCCUAGAAGAUUAAGUUAAAAGUGGGUCAUCAAAAUCAAGAGAGUGAAAACAUGUACACAGUCUUAACACUUGCCUUUCCUGCUCUACCAUUAUUUCCCUCACUUAUCCUUAAAUUCUUCAAGUUGCAGAAUAAAACUUCAGUUAUUUGCCUGACAAAGUGUAGUUAAUAAAUAAUCUUGAAUAGAUGAAUGAGAGUAAGAUACUUUUGGAGUCGUGAGUGUUGGUGAAUAAUAAAGAAAUUUCACUAAAUGGAGAAAAAAACUUUUCCCCAAAAUAAUGCAUACAUUUUAGUGGCUUAAUUAUUUGGCUACAAUUUUUUCCCUUUGAUUUUUCUUUUAAAGUUACAUUAUUUUCCCCAGGAAAAUUCUUUCUCAAAAUGUGUUUUGUACCAUCAGAGUAAAAUCUGAGUACAUAUAGACACUUUUCUCCUGGAUUAUGUUGCUACUUCACUGCUCAUUCCAGGGGGAAGAUAAGUGGAUGGACGUGAAAAUACCGAAGGUAAAUGAAAGGAAGGGUCCUUACAUUAAAGAGGAGAUGAAUGGCUACUUUCCCUGCCCAAUUUCUAAUCUGCAGAACCCAAUUCAAUUAAGUUCUGAAGAACUAAGCAUAAAUUAGAACAGGCUCAGGGAAUUCUUUCUAGCCGCGAAGAGUCCUGAUCAUAGAACCCCAACUCUUUUUACUUUUAAAGAGAAUUUGGUAAUCCACAUGGCAUCAUGGCCAUUUGCAAACUUCCCGGGGUUGUAAGCAUCAUCUGGCCUACUUCCAGAAAUGCAGGUUCAGGGGAUCCGGGUGGGGCCUCAGCACUUAGAGGUCACACUGACGUAAGGUCUGGAUCGACUUACGGAGAGCUGGGUUCUGUUUUGACCUUGGUAGACCUGAGACUCCUGACAGCAAUUUCAGAAUCCGCCAGUUUCUCCAGAGGCCAUCGGACUGGCAUCGGCUACCGGUCCCAGCUGGGUCAAGCUUCCAGCUGUCUCUAAACCACAGCAAUUCUGCAAGUCCCUGGGGAGAGAGGCACCCCAGGGGGCAAAUUUGGCUUCUCCACACCCCAUUCCGGUGACUCUAAGAUUCCCAAGAGUGCUGUCAAACAAACUCACUGUUCAAGACGUGGCGAUUUCGUGAAUUUUCUAAGAAAGUUUUUGCAUUUCUGUAAAUAUCAAGAGAUGUCCAAAUGUGACUGUGUGUUUAAUCUUUUUAAGCAAUUUGUGAUAGACCAAAGUCAGCUCUUGUAAACUACUUGCUAGAAAGGAGGGAGUUGUAGCCUUGGCAGACUGGUUAUUAUAAAACAUGGGAAACUUGGUCUCAGGUGCAUGCUAUGAAAAAUACACUCAUGUGCGUGUUGUUUUGAAAUCGUAAAAUAUCACCUAGUACAGUUCUCAAAUGUUUAAUAAAUGUUCCAUAAAUACGUUUUGAAUGAAAAAAAGAAUAAAUCUCAUUAAAGAGACUUGCUUACACCUCAGA